UGUCAUAACCUAUGCUCAUUUCUCAACAAAAAGAACAAAACACACACUCUCUCUCUUCUGUCAUAGCAUUUGCAAAUCCAAUUUUCUUUUGGUUCUUUAAGCCAAUUUAUCAGUUGCAAGGGCAUGGCAAAGGAAGGAAAGCAUGGCUCAUUUCAUGCCAAGGACUAUUUUGACCCCCCACCAGCACCUUUGAUUGAUGCAGCAGAACUGAAGAAAUGGUCAUUUUACAGGGCUUUGAUAGCUGAGUUCAUUGCAACUCUGCUCUUCCUUUACAUCACAGUCUUGACUGUGAUUGGCUACAAGAGCCAGAUUGCUAUCUCCUCUGACUCCUGUGCUGGUGUGGGUGUUCUUGGUGUUGCUUGGGCCUUUGGUGGCAUGAUCUUCAUUCUUGUUUACUGCACUGCUGGUAUUUCUGGGGGUCACAUUAACCCAGCAGUGACAUUUGGCCUGUUGUUGGCUCGCAAGGUCUCAUUGAUCCGAGCCAUUGCCUACAUGGUGGCUCAGUCCUUGGGAGCCAUCUGUGGGGUUGGCCUGGUUAAGGCUUUCCAAAAAUCAUACUACAAUAGGAAUGGAGGUGGAGCCAACACUCUUGCAGAUGGCUACAGCACUGGUACUGGUUUGGGUGCAGAAAUUAUUGGAACCUUUGUUUUGGUUUACACUGUUUUUUCUGCUACUGAUCCCAAGAGAAAAGCUAGAGACUCCCAUGUUCCAGUAUUGGCUCCACUUCCAAUUGGGUUUGCUGUUUUCAUGGUUCACUUGGCUACCAUCCCAAUCACCGGCACUGGCAUCAACCCUGCUAGGAGUAUUGGAGCUGCUGUUAUCUACAACAACAAGAAGGCUUGGGAUGAUCAUUGGAUUUUCUGGGUUGGUCCCAUGAUUGGAGCAGCCAUUGCAGCUUUCUAUCACCAAUUUAUCUUGAGAGCAGGAGCUGCUAAGGCUCUUGGGUCAUUCAGGAGCCAGACCCAUGUUUGA